CGAGCCCACUGUCGUUGUCCUCCGUCCGCGCUCCUGCGACAUUCCGAGUCGAUAUGAAGUUCCUCCGUUACAACUCCCCGACCAUUCAGGUCGCGCUUGUCGGCUUCGUAUGUUUCUGCACUGUGGGUAUGUACUCGGCCGUGAGCAAUCUUGGAGCUGGAGGCAGUCAAGAUAUCGCGCUCACUGAUACGGCUAGCAGUGUCCUGUACGGCAUGUUUGCUAUCAUGAGUAUUGUCGCCGGCUCCAUCAACAACGUCCUCGGACCAAAGUAUACUAUGUUCCUGGGCACGACCGGUUAUGGGCUUUACGUCGGUUCGCUUUGGUGUUUCCAAGUCCAGGGCACUCGGUGGUUCGUUAUCUUCGCUGGAGCCAUACUCGGUGUCUCUGCAGCACUCCUCUGGGCGGCACAAGGGGCCAUCAUGAUGUCGUACCCAUUAGAGAAGGACAAGGGACGUUCGUUCUCCCUUUUCUGGGUGAUCUUCUCAAUGGGCUCCUUCAUCGGUGGUCUCAUCGCAAUGGUAAUCAAUCUCAACAAGGGUGGUCUCUCCGCCGUCACAACAUCGACAUACAUCGCCUUCGUCGUCAUCAUCCUCUUCGGUAUGUGCCUGAGUUUCACGCUCCUGCCACCAAGCAGGAUCGUCCGUAGCGAUGGAACACUCGUCAAACUGCAGCAGUCGAACACCAUAAGGGUCGAGGCGAAGAACUUGGUGAUGAGCAUCAAGGAUAGGAGACUUCUGCUCUUGGUGCCUAUGUUCUUCGGUAGUAACUACUUCUACGCGUACCAAGGAGCCUUCACAUUCGCACUCUUCGACUCCUCCACCCGUGCCGUCACCGCCGUCCUCAGCGCCGCCGCCCAAAUCACCGGCGCGCUCGUAAUCGGCCCCAUCCUCGACUCCCUCCCCUUCCACCGCCGCACCCGAGGCUACAUCGGCCUAGCCAUCGUCUCCUGCUUCGUCAUCGCUUCAUGGGGCGGAGGUCUUUCGUAUCAGCUUACUUUUACGCGUAAUGAUCCGCCUUCGGUUAUUUCGUAUAAGGAUAGCGCGUAUGGGAAGCCGGCUGCUUUGGUGUUUUUCUGGUAUUUCGGCGAUGCGAUGUAUCAGGCUCUCGCUUACUGGAUCAUGGGCGCGAUGUCCAACGACCCGUUCACGCUCGCUCGGUAUGCAGGGUUCUACAAAGGUCUUCAAUCCGCCGGGGCCGCCGUCUCUUUCGGCGUUGAUGCCGUCGCUACUCCCUACCUAAGCGAACAUCUCUCCUCCUGGCUCAUGCUCCUCGUCUCGCUCCCGCUCACCGCAUUCGUCAUCAGCACCGUCAUCGACACGAAUUACGAUAAAGAAGGCGUGGUGUAUGAGAACGAGGUGAUCGAGACGGAUCAUGGGUUGGAGAAGAUUGCGGAUCUUCCGAGGGAGGAGUCGGAGGGGAAGACGGGGGAGGUGGAUGUGGAUACGAAGAGUGUGGUUUAGGCUUUAGGCUUUACGGGGAGGUUUCAAUGAAUGUGUUGGGUUUUAACUUUUAGGAUCAAUUGGGACAAUACUGUUCGUGUUUCUACUUUAAUAGAUAUACCUUAGUCUCACCGAGGGAGUCUAUG